GCAUGCAGUUAAAGAAAAUAUGGGAGCUAUGAGCAUGGGUUCUAGAAUGGCCUCUUUUCUUGCAACCCUUGUGGUGCUACUUGUGUCACUGAACUUUCCGGUUCUGACUACUGCUGCUUACGAGUCUCCACCUGAAAAAUCUCCGCCUUACAAGUAUGAGUCUCCACCUCCUCCAGAUAAAUCCCCACCUUACAAGUAUGAAUCCCCUCCUCCCCCGAAAAAAUCUCCAUCUUACAAGUAUGAAUCUCCCCCUCCUCCGGAAAAAUCUCCGCCAUACAAGUAUGAAUCUCCACCUUACAAGUAUGAUUCUCCACCCCCCACAAAAUCUCCACCUUACAAAUAUGAAUCUCCUCCUCCACCAAAAAAAUCUCCGCCAUACAAGUAUGAAUCUCCACCUUACAAGUAUGAAUCUCCACCUCCUCCCGAAAAAUCACCGCCCUAUAAGUAUAAAUCUCCACCACCACCAUAUAAGUACGAAUCUCCGCCACCACCUAAGAAGUCUCCUCCAAGUUACAAGUACGAGUCUCCACCUCCUCCCAAAAAAUCUCCUCCGCCACCUUACAAGUAUGAGUCUCCACCACCACCAAAACAAUAUCCUCCACCUUACAAGUAUGAGUCUUCACCGCCACCUAAGAAAUAUCCUCCACCAUACAAGUACGAAUCUCCACCACCACCUAAAAAAUAUCCACCCCCACCUCCCAAGUGUCCUCCACCACCGCCACCUCCCAAGUGUCCUCCACCACCGCCACCUCCCAAGUGUCCAUCACCACCGCCACCACCAAAGUAUGAAUACAAAUACCCGCCACCAAAACAUGACUACAAAUACGAGUCUCCACCACCUCCAAAGAAAGACGAUUAUGGAUACAAAUACAAGUCUCCACCCCCUCCGAAAAAAGAUGAUUAUGGAUACAAAUACGAGUCUCCACCACCUCCUUAUUAUCAGCACUAAGAGAUGUCGCUGAUAUUCCACUU